UGCUGAGAGACAGGGAAAGGCACGCGCGCACACACACACUUUCUUGCAGCAGCCGCUCUGCGUUCCAGGACCUGCCACUCGUGGCGGAGGCACCAGGCAGGGGCCUGGACGGCAGAGAGGCAGCUGAACCCACACCGCUCCCCGAGUUCCGCUUGGAGCGGCUCCCACAGCCAGCUGUGGAGCGUGAGCCAGCCGAUUCCCACGCUGGGCCUCCCUCUUGAGUAACUUUGUUUUCCGCUGCUACAGGACAGAGGGGUGCCUCGGCCUCGGCCUCCCGGGCCUCCGCUUCCUGGGAAGACGGCACACUCACAACUCUGGAUUCACGCUCCUGUCCCCGUUUUCUUCCUGGGAUGGGCCUCUUGGUGCCCAGCUUCAGCACAGGCCUGGCCCUCCUCCAGGUGCAGGAGGGAGGGUAAGGCAGGGCGGUGAGCGGCUCACCUGGACCUGUCCCAUGGGCCUCUCUCCACCGCUGCGACGUGGGUGCGCCCAGCUGGAGCUGCUGCUCGGCCUCCGAGAAUGAGCGGCGAUGUUCUCUAGCUUGCCCUAGCUGCAUCGGCGCUCCCUGCAUGCCCCGCGGCUGACUGGGACUAGGGAUUUUCUCCAAGACAAACGGACCACACCAGCAAUCUGCGAUGACUGUCCAGAAACUUGUGGCCACAGCUGUGCUGGUGGCCCUGGUCUCCCUCAUCCUCAACAACGCUGCUGCCUUUACUCCCAACUGGGUGUACCAGACCCUGGAGGAUGGGCGCAAGCGGAGCGUGGGGCUGUGGAGAUCCUGCUGGCUGGUGGACAGGGGCCGGGGAGGAGCGAGCCCCGGGGCCAGAGCUGAGCACGUGGACGCGCAGGACUGUGAGGCGCUGGGCUGGGGCUCGGAGUCGGCAGGCUUCCAGGAGUCUCGAGGCACCGUCAAACUGCAGUUCGACAUGAUGCGCGCGUGCAACCUGGUGGCGACGGCAGCCCUCGCGGUGGGCCAGCUCACCUUUGUCCUGGGGCUGACGGGCCUGCCCAUGAUGUCACCAGAGUCCCAGUGCUGGGAGGAAGCCAUGGCCGCUGCAUUCCAGCUGGCAAGUUUUGUGUUAGUCAUUGGACUGGUGACCUUCUACAGAAUCGGCCCCUACACCAACCUAUCAUGGUCUUGCUAUCUGAACAUUGGUGCCUGUCUGCUGGCCACCCUGGCAGCUGCCAUGCUCAUCUGGAACAUUCUGCACCGCAGGGAGGACUGCAUGGCCCCCCGGGUAAUUGUCAUCAGCCGCUCACUGACAGCACGGUUCCGCAGGGGGCUGGACAAUGAUUAUGUAGAGUCUCCGUGCUGAAAGCACCCUCCUCAGGACUUCAUCUUUAUAGCCACUAUAAUGGAUUAGUCUAGAAACUGAAGGACUCACCCUGACUCUGCUUGUACCCAGGCACGGGGUGAGUCUUGGUCAUAUAUACAUAUGUGUGUGUAUAUAUAUAUAUAUAUAUAUAUAUAUAUGUAUGUAUGUAUGUAUGUAUGUGUGUGUGUACAAUGCUCGUGCACACUUAUGUUAUACAUGAAUAUGUCAAGUGCCACCCGUUUCUGACACCAUCUUCCCCAGCCAGUCCACUGCAGCGUCACAUCAUGCUCGGCUGAAGGGUGGGGACAGGAAGCUGGGCAGGGGCGGCAGUGGUGUGGGUGCCCUGCUCUCUGCCUUUGCUUGGGAUUAAUUUAUUCUGGAUCUGCUUAGGAGGACACCCCAGUUAUAUUUUACUUUCAUAGAGCAGAAUACCCAGGAAGCUUUCCAUGAGGUCUCUACAGUAUUUCUUUAUUAAGUUAGACUUUAUAACCAGAUGGUAAUGGCUUUAUGCCAGAAUCAAAUUAAUAGUGUACGUUUUGUUCCUGGUUAUUUUUCUAAGUUAAAAUAAACUCAAACCUCUUAUCUCUACCUAAAACUUGUAUUUUAUCCAUCCAUCCCACUAUGUGGGGGAACAGAAUCUGAUCAGUUUUUCUGUGUUUUUCGCAAGAUGAUACUAAGAAAGAGUUAAAAGGUCUUCACUGAAGAGCAUAUACCCUAAUCCAUGGCUCUGGGCAACCAAAUCUCAAAAAAUCCACAUUUCUGGCUGGGUGAGAUGGUGCAUGUCUGUAACCCAGCUACUCAGGAGGCAAAGUCUGGGAAGAAUGAGGUUU